AUGGAGCUGGGUUGUGGAGGCGGGUUCGACCCGGAGGCGGCGCCGGCGGGUGAUUCGGCCGGCUGCCCGGGGGACGACUUGUUUGUCGACGAGCUCCUCGAUUUUUCAAACGGAUUUUCCGAAACAGAGGAGCCUCCGCCUCCGCCUCCGCCUCCGCCUGGGAAUGAACCCGGGACCGGAGAAGCCGCCCUUGAGAAGCAAGCAACGCCGGCACCGGAGAACCGUGGUUUCGUCGCCGGAGACGAUUUCGGAACUCUCCAUGAGAGCGAGCUCGGCUUCCAGUGGGAGAGUUUGGAGAGUCUGGAAUGGCUAUCACAUUUCGUGGAGGACUCGUUGCCGGAUUAUUCGCUCGCCGGAAAAUUCCCCACGCCGCCGGCCGGAUCGGAGUGCUUGACGACUCCGGUUCAGACCAAGGCCCGAACGAAGAGGGCCCGAACUGGGGUUCGCGUCUGGCCCGUUCUCUCCCCCUCUUCUGCCGGGCCGGACGCCUCGCCGAGCUCCUCUGUCUCCACCACCACCUCGUUUCCACCGCCAAGCACCAGGAGGGCGAAGUCGGGCGGCGGAGCUUCGGCGGGGCAGAGGAGGUGCGCUCACUGCGGGGUUACCAAGACGCCGCAGUGGAGGGCCGGGCCGCUUGGCCCGAAGACUCUCUGCAAUGCUUGCGGGGUGAGGUACAAGUCGGGGCGGCUGCUGCCGGAGUACAGGCCCGCCUGUAGCCCGAGUUUUUCGAACGAGCAGCACUCGAACAACCACCGGAAAGUGCUGGAGAUGCGGCGGAAGAAAGAGGUGGAGACGGAGGGGGCGGGCCUGCCGCCGCCGGUUCAGAGUUUUUGAAGGGUUUGACUAGUUUUUAAUUAUUAGGUAGGAAAAGGGCCAAAAAGCAAAAAACAUAAAGUAGCUCAAAUAGAUAUUGGAAAUUCGAAUUUAUCCGUAGAUAGAUUAUGAUUAGGAGUGCAAUUAAAAGUAGGAUUGAGUUUAGAAAACCGGAGUGAGGUGGAACCCGGUUUAGGUAAAGUGGACCCGGUUCGUUCAGUGUAGACUAUAUUCAAGGACCCAUAGAUUGGUGAGUUUGGUUAUUAGGCAAUGUAAUUUAGGAUUGUAUUAGAGUCGAAUAUGUUCGACAGCUUUGUGUUUAUGAAAUUUAAUUCCCCCUUAUUUAUAAUUCUCAAAUGUGUUGAAUCUAA